GGCACAAGGCAGUGAGAAAUCGGAUCCAAAACCAGUAAUUCGCACCUGCUCCUGUGUUUUUAAUCCUGUAACUGCUUCCCUUCACUAGUGGCUGGAAGAGUAAAUAUCCACUAUAACCCUUCCCAGUGAAGCCAGUGAUUUCAGAGCCAGGUAUUUUCUCCCAUUACUGAUGCUGUGUUGCCAACACACAUAAUUUUAUUGUGAGUCUCGUGGUCUCUGAGUGCUUCUCUCAAAGCCUCAGUUGCUGGAAUGAUAUUGUAGGAGAACAUCAGCUUUCAUUUUGUUUUUAAAAAGUAAGUUUCUAACCCUCCUCAUUGCAGGGAAAAGCUUGAAAAUGUGAAGCAUGUGCACACCAAAGGCUCAGAAACCAGAAGACAAAGAAAAAGAACCCAACAUUUAUUAUUUUUUAAUAUCUCAUGAAUUUUAAAGUUGAUCUUGUGAUUUUUGGGGGGAGGGCUGGACUAAUUUUUUAACUUUUGGGGGUGGCAAUGCUGCUGCAGCAUGUGUAACUAGCUAGGUGACAAUGGCAUUUUUUACAUAUCUGUCUGCUGGGUCAUUACAUUUUCUAAUACUGCUGUCUGUUUAUUUUUCAGUACUCUGUGAUAGAACUCCAGGUGGGUAUCUCAUAACACCUAGAUGCUAUGGUGAUGGAUGCUCCAGGAUACAUAAAUAGAUAAUUUGAGCAUUAUGUUAAAGAGAUUCCCUUUGGACAGGGUUGUGUGUAUAUGUUUUGUCCAGUCUCUCUUCACAGCAGACAUCCCAAACCUCAUGAACAAUCUUUUAUGAAUGGGUAGGUUCUAGAGCUUCAAGCAACAUAUGUUGAUUCUUGAAUUUCGUUCCUAGAUAAAGGGGGAGGUUCUAGAAGUCAGGACCCUUUAUAGUCUCCUUUUAGGCUAUACUAUGGAACAGAGUUCUGAAGCUUUGAAGACUCCAGCAUUUAAAACUUCAUAUACUAUAAGGUCCAGGCUCUUUAAAAUUUGAAGGCAACAAUAAGGUAGAACUAUAUUUUAGGCCUCUUUAGGACUUAAUGGGCAAAGAAACUAAAACCUUUAUGCAAAAAGAAAAGGAGUACUUGUGGCACCUUAGAGACUAACAAAUUUAUUAGAGCAUAAGCUUUCGUGAGCUACAGCUCACUUCAUCGGAUGCAUUAUCUUUGUGGGUUCUGGGAUCUAGGCUCUUCUGAAACGUGGAACCUGAAGAGAUUUUUGGGUUAUGACCUGCAGCUGGAUAGGCCUUGAUGAGAAAAAGAAGACUAGUAGACUUAGAACUUUAUGAGUUUGACAACUCGGACCAUUUUAGAACUUAAGGAGCAAAAGCAGCUAGAAUUGUUAGACGGUUCUGGCCGCAGCCUUUCUAAAUAAGCAAGUAGGGCCAGUGCUAAUGGUGGCUGCCUUUUUUCUUUCUCUCUGAGAGCAGGACCCCAACAGUAACCGGAUUGGUCAAUGGCUGGAUGUGCAACCGAGGCAGGGCAUUGUGGAUCUCUCCUUCCAGUUAGCUGAUGAACCUUCCCUGGGGACUUACACCAUCAAUGUGGCCAGCACAAAAGCGUCCAGUACCUUUAGUGUUGAGGAGUAUGUGCUGUCAAAAUUUGAGGUUUUCUUUGAGGGGCCAACUCAGAUUUACGCAUUGGAUAAAACCUUCCCACUCCACGUGUGUGGCAGGUACACCUAUGGGAGAGCAGUGCAGGGCACCGUCCAGGUGACACUGUGUCAGAAAGCUUGGCGAUCCAAGCGGCCCCCAAGACACUUUGGCACAGAUAUCUGUGAAGAGUACAAUGGCCAGACCACCAGAAGGGGCUGCUUCUCCACUUCUGUGAGCAUGGCAGUCUUUAACCUCACCUCCUACGAGUAUGACAGCAAGCUCAGUGCAGACGCCUCUCUGGUGGAAGACGGCACAGGGGUGCAAAUCAAUGCCUCUGGCCAAUUCCUCAUCUCCAGGACAGCUGUGACUGCCACAUUUGAGAAGCUGGAUGAUUACUACAUCCCUGGAGUCCCCUACAGAGGGAAGAUUAAACUACAGGAUCAUCUUGGGGAUAUUAUGAAAAGCACAAAAGUUUACCUCAUGAUAAGCUACAUGGGGCGACGGUUUAACAAAACAUACAUCACGGAUGGCACUGGGAGAGCUUCAUUCAACAUGGAUACAACUGCCUGGAAUAGCUCGUCAGUCUCUUUGGAGGGAAGAUUCAAACUGGAGGAUCUGGUGCAGGAACCUGGGAAGAUCAACGUUGGUUAUGUGAACACUUACCAGUACCUGCAGCCAUUCCAUGUCACAACCAAGAGCUUCCUGAAGAUACACCCACUGCCGGGAACACUGCCCUGCGGCCUGAAGCAGAAUGUCCAGGUUACAUUUGCCCUCAGCCGGAAGGACCUGGGAGAAGGAGCCAGCCACAUGGAUUUCUCCUACUAUGUCACUGGGAAAGUCGGGAUUGUCGUCAGGGGCCAGAAGAACAUACGGAUUGGGAAACUGAGCACGCUGAAAGGCUUCUUCUCCAUCCCUCUGACCUUCACCUCCGCCUUCACGCCCACCCCUUCAUUAGUGGUGUACGCCAUCUUCCCCAGCAAAGGGGUGGCAGCCGACAGCAUCCAGUUUGAUGUUGCCAUGUGCUUCAAAAACCAGGUGAAGAUGGGCUUCUCAGCUAAAGAAACUCUCCCAGGAUCGACAGUCCAGCUCCAGCUUCAGGCAGCUUCCGGCUCGGUGUGUGCAGUCCGGGCAGUGGACAAGAGCGUGCUCCUCAUGAGGCCAGAGAAAGAGCUCACCAACCACACAGUCUAUGAGUUAUUCCCUUUCAUACACCGCCAUGGGUACCCCUACCAAGUUGAGGAAUACCCAGAUCUAUGUGUGCGACUUCCACCUUUAUUACCACUGGUGGCACGGAGGCCUUGGUAUCCCUAUCAGCCGGAUGUCUUUAACCUCUUCAGGAGCAUAGGCCUGAAAAUCUUUUCCAACCUCAUGAUAAAGAAGCCGACUCAGUGCUAUUAUCCAGUGGACAACAGGCUGACAGCACCCCCACUAAGGCCCAUUAGCAUCCUGGAGGCUCCUCCAGAAUCCACUAUCCCAGGGAGAGUUCGCCAGUAUUUUCCUGAAACCUGGCUCUGGGAUUUGAUCUCUGUCGGUCCCACUGGAAACAGGGACAUCCCAGUCACGGUGCCUGACACCAUCACCGAGUGGAAAGCCGGGAUGUUCUGCAUGGCCAGGCUGGGCUUCGGACUUGCCUCAACAACGAGCCUUGUGACAUUCCAGCCCUUCUUCGUGGAUGUGAUGCUGCCAUACUCUGUGGUCCGGGGAGAGACCUUCACCCUAAAGGCCACCGUCUUCAACUACCUGAGGCAGUGCAUCCAGAUCCAAGUGUCCCUGGCUAAAUCCCCAGACUUUGGGGUGGACUUGUGCAAGAGCUGCAGGUACGUCCACUGCCUGUGCGUAGAAGAAUCCAGAACCUUCCUAUGGAACGUGACAGCCACAUCACUGGGGACGGCGAAUAUUACGGUCAGCACAGUAGUGAUGGACAAUACGCCACAGUGUGGAGGCAGGAGGACUUUCCCCCCAGCAAUGCCACAGAAGGAUACACUGCUCAAGCCCCUGUUAGUCCGGCCAGAGGGAGUGCUCGUGGAGAAGACUCACAGCUGCCGGCUGUGCCCUAGAGGAGGAAAUACAGUCAAAGACCCUGUGUCCCUCACCCUCCCUGCUAAUGUAGUGAAAGGAUCAGCCAGAGCUACCAUCUCUGUCUUGGGUGACAUCAUGGGGACAGCACUGCAGAACCUGGACCGGCUGGUGCAGAUGCCCAGUGGCUGCGGGGAGCAGAACAUGGUGCUGUUCGCCCCCAUCAUCUACGUGCUGCAGUAUCUGGAGAAGACGGGGCAGCUGACCCCGGAGAUCAGGGAGAGGGCGACGGGAUUCCUGCGCAGCGGGUACCAGAGGCAGCUCCUGUAUAAGCACAGCCAUGGUGCAUACAGUGCCUUUGGGGAGCGCGAUAGAGAAGGGAACACGUGGCUGACGGCAUUUGUGGUUAAGAGUUUUGGACAAGCCAAAAAAUCCAUUUUCAUAGAUGACAAGAACAUUCAAGAUGCCCUGAAAUGGCUGGAGCUUCACCAGCUCCCCAGCGGCUGCUUUACCAACAAAGGGAGGCUCUUCCACUCUUCUAUGAAGGGCGGUGUGAAUGAUGAGAUCUCUCUGGGGGCCUACAUCACUGCAGCACUGCUGGAGCUGGGGCAGCCACUGAAGGGCAGCAUGGUGCAGGCCGCCUUACGUUGCCUCAUUCACGCCGUUCACAAUGUCACCAACAUUUACACGGAAGCUGUGUUGGCCUACGCCUUUGCCCUGGCUGGGGACUAUGAAGUGACCCAGGAGCUGCUGUACAAGCUGGAUGAACAGGCCGUCAAAUCAGGAGGCCAAAUCCACUGGAGCCCCAAGCCCAGCUCCCCGGCUGCCACAGAUUUCUGGCCUAGGACUCAGUCAGUGGAUGUUGAGCUGACAGCCUAUGUGCUCCUGGCUUACCUCUCCAAACCACGCAUAAACGCGGGGGACAUGGCCACUGCUGCCAGCAUCGUGGCCUGGCUGGCCCGGCAGCAGAAUGCCCGCGGAGGGUUUGCUUCCACACAGGACACAGUGGUCGCGCUGCAGGCCCUGGCUAAAUACGCAGCCCGGACGUUCAGCACAUUGGCACAGGUGAUGGUGACGGUGAAGUCUCAGGGGAGCUUUGAGAGGAAGUUCCAGGUCACCCACAAGAACCGGCUGCUGCUGCAGCAAGCGGUGCUGACGGAAAUCCCCGGGGAGUUCUCAGUGCAGGCCCAGGGCAGCGGCUGCGUCUACACCCAGACAGUGCUGAGAUACAACGAGCCUCCUCCACGGGUCUCCGUGACCUUCUCUCUGCGCGUCACCACACAGCUGAUGGACUGCGCCCAGGGCAAUGCGCGCUUCCUCACCGUCCACAUCCACGUCAGCUACAUUGGGAGCAGAGUCACUUCCAACAUGGUGAUUGUGGAGGUCUCCCUGCUGUCUGGAUUCAGUCUGGCUUCGGGCUCCCGCACAUCGCUGCAGCAGAGACCCCUCGUUAGGAAAACGGAGGUGAAAAUUGAUGCAAUCUUCAUUUAUCUAGAGAAGCUGAGCGAUGAGUCACAGACUUUCGUCCUGCAAUUGGAACAAGAGAUCGAGGUGAAGGGCCUGAAACCAGCCAACAUUAAAGUCUAUGACUACUACCAGCCAGAGGAGCGAGCCCUGGCUGACUAUAAUGCUGUCUGCAGCUGAGUGCAGGGGGAGGAGGUUGGAUGGAAGCGAGGCAUCCAGCAGUGACUCCCACCACAGCUCAAUGAGAUUCCUGCAGCCUCCUGCUGGGAAGUGGGGAAGGCAAUGGCUGUGCAACAUUGUGGGGAACCUGUGAGGGAUUCAUGGAGGAGCUUCUGGCUGGGAAGACUGGAUUAGGGCUUCCUUCCCGGCUCGCAGUUCCUGUCUGGCUUUCCUUUCCAGGGGGAGGGUGUCUUUGGCUUCAAGUCAAUUUAAUCUGGCGAAUUGCCCAAGGAAAAGAAUUAAAACAAUUGCAUGCAAGGUUGGUUUGAUGGUCACUGCAGAAUGAUGGGAUCCCACAGGGAUGAGGUUGGUGCAUGACCAGCAGAUGUGAGUUUCCUGGUUCUGGCAAUUGAUUAGUCCCGUCACCCAUAAUCUCUCACUAUGGUAUCUGACAUCAGCAGGGCACGAUUGACAAAGGUCUGUUGGAAAGCUGUCAGCAGCUGACUGUCCCAAUCCUGUGAAGAGGAAAGAAAAGGACUUACAAAGUGUCCCUGACUGAGGUGGGGAGGGCAAAAGAAAGACAUAAUCAACCCUGAGAAAAAAAAUAACACAAGCAGCCAAUGGAGAUUUAUGACACUUUGGCUACAUGGAACUUCACAGCAACAGCAAGGAUAGUAAUCCCCUCCUGCUGCUUCAACAUCCCAGGCCCCAGCCACUUGAGCUAAAGCCAGAGGAGAAUCUCACUCCACUGACAGUGUAGGGUCUGUGACAGCAAGUUUAGGGUAGUGCUGAUUCCAUCCAGCAGAACGUAGUAUUGCAGAUGCACACCAGCCUGUUCAUUGCAAUAACAUUUUGCCCCCCCCCAGCAUCUUUCAUCUGGGAAUGUUAAAGCGUUUUGCACACAUGAAUAAGUUGAGCAUCACCGCACCCUUUGGAGACAGGUAUCUUCCCACUCCCAUGCCCAUUGUACAGAUAAGGGGAAAGGAAAAUGCACAGAUCAAAUUAUUUGUCCAGGGUCAUCCAGCAGAGCCAAGAACAGAGUCUAGAUGUCCAAAAUCCAAGUCCAGUGCUCUGCUCAUACUCAGCCCUGCCUCACGAGGAGGAUCCCGUAGCUCUAUUGAAACAGACGUUGAUCUCCGUCUAAACACAGAGUGAUCAGGAUCCAUUCUAGGGCUCAGUAAAAUCCUUGCAAUAAUGACAUUGGCCCCUAACCAGUAAGUUAACUUGCUACUGAGUUCUGUUCAGCCACAGAGUAGAGCCACUGUUAUGACAACAGGAGGUGUAUGACUCCUACUGGCCUGACUGCCUGACUAACAGACGCCGCAGGGCUUGAGCACUCAGGGACCCUGGUGGAUGGCUCUUCAGCCUUUCGUCAUUCCAGCCCCAUUUCCAGCCAGCCCCAAGCUGGGUAACUGGAUGGCUCGGGGGAUCAGCAAUACAGAUUCUCUCAUCUCCACAGCAACAAUCUCAUCACCCCAAUUUAAAUACUGGCAGAAGCAUUCCCCUUAACUACAGUUGAAUCCCGUUUAUCCGACCCUCCAUUAACCAUCUGUCCAGGCUAACCGGACAACCAGCCAAGUCCAGAAAGAGGCCAUCUCGCCUGUGGCCACUAGAGGGUGCCGCAGGAUUGCACUUUCCCAUUCUGCAGUUGUCUGGAUUUAUGUUGAUCUGAUCUGGCUCCGGUCCCAAUUAGAUCAGAUAAACGAGGUUCUGCUGUAUGCGAGUCCCUCCCACCCUCAACACGCUUUUCCCAGGUUGAUGUUUUUCUUGAAUCAAACUUUCAGGCCUCGCGGUGUGCGCCAGACAAUCACACACAAAGCAUGAGAGGAUGUACCACCUACUCACCUCACAGGCAGGGGGUGCCAUAGCUUGUCACAGCAUUUUCUUCUGUAAAAGGCAGGGAAAUUGACCAUGAAACACAUUUGUCAGAAACCAUGAAAGCAGAGCCAAAUGCAAUGCCAGCACAUUUGCUCAUAAUAAAGAGAGAGCAUACCAAUACCCUAGACUGGCUAGACUCAGAAUUGCUGAUCUGUGUGUCAUAGGCCCUGCACUGGUAACAGCUAUGGGGGAUUCUCCUUUAGCUCGAGUGGUCAGGGCCUUGGCUUUUGGAGCAGUGCAUUCCAAGAACAGUGACAUCCUUGGUGGCCUCAGAGUUGGCCCAGAACAACACCACUCCUUGACAUGUCUCUAGCUCCUCACCUCUUGAAGAUCCCAGGGCAGAUGGGAUAUAUUAUUUUCCCUGUUACCUAAACCACCCACCAUUGUGCCUCUCUGUCUGCAUUCCCUCACACAAAAGGAAAGCUCUUUUGGGUUCCGUCCUCUUCUUUUGUUGGAAAGGUCAGGCUCCCAGAGGAGACAUCUUCAAUCCAUCCAUUAUGAAAACACUGGCACUUGCAGCAUGCCCUAAAGUUAGCAAGCUCCAGGCUCAGCUGGAUCUGAAUGAAGAGCAAGUUCUACAGCCUUGGCUCUCUGCAGGGAAAUCUCUGCCCACGGCCCCUAUCCGCUUCACCCUAGCGCUCACUCUGCUGCAGUGACCAGACUGCUCACUAGGACACCGGAGAGCAAGCUCAGCUAGCAAGUGUACAGCAGGGGGCAGGACGCAGUGCUGAGGGAGGGAUUGGCCAGAUAUUAGCUAUCAGACACGUCUGUCCAUCAGCUUCGAUUUGUAGGAAUCUGAGGUUCUGAGCUGCCACUACAAAUUGCUCAUUAAGGGCCUAAUCCUGAGAGGUGCAAUGCUACCAUGACAGGCAUCGACUUCAAGGGGUGCUGUGAGUGCCCAGCACCUUGCAGGAUCAGGCCGCAGACUUCUGAAAUAGUAUAGCCACUGUUCAGCAGUUCUGAGCUUACCCGGCAUGUAGUAAUCAUAGACCUUCACGUUGGCAGGCUUCAGAUCCUUCACUUGGAUUUCUUGCUGCACCACAAGGGUAAAGUACUGAGAGUCCCAAGUCUGCUAAAGAGCAGAGAUGCAAAGGCAGACGUUACAGCCAGAACCAAAAUCUUGUGUGAUAAUGUUCCCCUAGAGCCAGCCUCUGCCCACCAUGGAAAUGCACUGUCAUCCUAGUCCCAUUUAGAGAGUCCUCUUUUCACUAUACACCGGGUCACCCCUGAUCCCAGCUGUAGUCCCAUGGGAGAUUUCCCCUUUCUUUAUUGCUUGAUGCACAAAUGUGGCCUUGAACUGUGGGUGCCUCCAUUUGUGCCACUCUUUAGACACCUGGGGCCCGAUUGUCCCCUGCCAUGCGCCUUGUGCAGUUUCCACCAGUGCAAUGGGCAGUCAGAAUGUUAGCACCAGCGUGAAUAAAUGGAGAAUUCUGAUCUGGCAGCAUGUCACAUACUGUGGACUGGUGUAAAACAAAGACAGUGUGCAAUGGUCAGAGAGACACAGCGUUUAAGGCCAGAAGAGAUAUUUCCUCCCCGUUCACCUAGUCUGACUUGCUGUAUAUCACAGUUCAUCACCACCACUACCCAGCACCCGCACACUAAACCUAACCAAAAUGACACCAAGUAUUACAGUCCUCAGGAGACUAGACUAUUAUGUGCCACAGGCAGAGAGUAGGAGGGACCAAGGUGCACCAGUGACUGAGGCCCCCUGCAAUGACAGGGAAAUGAUUAAGUGAGAUAUACCCAAGUGAUCCUGGCAUAUGACUCACACUCUCACACUGCACAGAAAGGAGAAAAAAACCCAGGGUCUCUGCCAGUCUGACAUGGGGGAAAAUUUCUUCCCAACCCCAGACAUGGUGAUGUUAGACCCUAAGCUUGUGAGCAAGAUCCAGCCAGCCCAGCAUCUGAGAGAGAAAAUGCUUGGUGCCACCUCAGAGCCCCUGGCCCACCCUCCCCCAGUCCCAUCUCCAGCCCCAGCCAUUCCUGCUGCUUCAGAGGAAGGCGAUUAAAAAAAAAACAGCUCCCAAAAUACAUUGGGGGGGAAAAAUCCCUUCCUGGCCCUGGCAGGUGGUUGGCUGAAGCCCUGAAGCAUAAGCAUUAGGAACACAGGACAUAAACCAGAAGCAAGCCGUGGAGCUGCUGAGCCCUGCCCCCACCAUCACAUGCACCACUGUCACACAAUCACACUCAUACAUUCAUCCAGCUCUCUCUUGAAACAAAUUCAGUUGUUUCCCCCCACAGGGUGGUUGUUCCAGAACCUCAACUGUCUGAUGGUUAGAAAACUUCUAAUUUCCAUCCUGAAUUUGUUCAUGGCUAAUUUACAUCCAUUUGUUCUUGUGCCAGCAUUAUCCUUUAGCUUAAGUAGCUCUUCACCCUCCCUGUCAUUUACCCUGAUGUAUUUAUAGUGAACAAUUACCCUUCUUUUUGCUAGAUUGAAUAAACCAAGCCCUUCCAGUCUCUUCUCAUAAACUAGGCCCUUCGUUCCCCUGAUCAUACUAAUAGCUCUUGUCUGCAUCUAUUUCAGUUUAAAUUCAUCUUUCCUGAACGUGGACAACCAGAAAUUAUACACAGUAUUCCAGAUGAGGUCUUACCAGUGCCUUGAAUAAUGGCAUUAAUAUUUCUCUCUCUACUGGAAAUGACUCGCCUGAUACAUCACCUCCCUGAGAAUGAUAUCUGAUACAUUCUAGGAUCGCAUUUGCUCUUUUCUCAACCACAUCACAUUGGUGUCUCAUAGUCAUCCUAUGGUCAGCCUACACACCCAGGUCUCUCUCUUUCUCUGCCCUUUUAACUGAUGAACCCCCAGCUUGUAGCAGAAAUUCUUAUUAUUAGAACCUAAGUGCAUGACCUUGCACUUUGUACUAUUGAAUUUUAUUCCAUUUCUGUCACUCCAGUCUUCAAAGUCAUUCACAUGUUCCUGUGUAAUAUUCCAGUCCUCCUCUCUACUGACGAUGCCUCCCAACUGUGUAUCAUCAGGAAAUUUCCUUUUUUGUGCUAAGGUCAUUAAUAAAAAUAUUGCAUAAGAUUGGCCCCAAGACUGAUCCUUGAGGAGCUCUGUUAGUAACCUCACUCCAGUCUGAUAAUCCACCUUUCAGCAUAACCAUUGCCUUCUCCCCUUUAGCCAGUUCCUUCUCCACCAUACGAUGCUUGUACUGACUCUGUCUUCCCUAAUUUAACGAAUAACUUCCCAUGUGGUACUGUGUUAAAUGCUUUACUGCAGUCCAAGUAUAUUAGAUCUACCGCACUUCCCUUAUCUAAAAAAUCAGUUCCUUUUCCAAAGAAAGAAAUCAGGCUAGUCUGGGAUGACCUACCUUUGGUACAUCCAUGUUGCAUUGCAUCCCCUUUACCUCUAUGAAUAUAAUUAUUCUUGCCUUCACAAUUUGCUCUAAAACCUUGCAUAUGACUGAGAUCAGGCUGUAAUUGCCCAGAUCACUUUUCUUCCCUUUCUUAACUAGAGGUAUGAUGUUAGUUAUUCUUCAGUCAUAUAGGACUACCCCCAAAUAGGUGGAUUUAUUAAAAAUCAUUGCUAUGAGACUAGCAAGGUAGCAAAAGACUAAAACUCUCCACAUGGUCCAAUCACUAGAGGGGAACAAGGAGCUGCACUGGGUUAGUUGGGCCUGGUUCUCAGAGGUGCCAAGCACUCACUGCUCCAGUUGAAAUCAGCAGGCGCUGUUGGUGCUCAACAGCCUUGCGAACCAGGCUCUAGGUGUCUCACGCUGGGCGCUUGAAAUUAGAGACUAGUUUAUUUUAGAGCUAAAAGGAAGUUUGAGUUGAACUCACCUCAUCCAGGUAGAGGGUGACUUGCUCAACUUCUCUUUCAAUUUUCUUUACCACGGACAUUUUCUUUAACUGAGAAUAGAAAACAAACCCAAAGACUCCAGCAAGGACUCCAGGGAGUCUUGCCUGCAUGCAAGCAAGUGUGAUACAUUCAAGGGAAGGGGUGGGUGGUGAUUGUCCUGGGUAACCAGAAUCCCACUUCUAGAGUCCUGGGAUGGACUGUGAGUGCUGUGGCCUCUGGGAGGAGAAGAGCUAGAACUGGAUUUCUCUGACCAUUGAAAUGCACAUACAUUUCUUCUUACCGCUUUGCAGAUAAGCCUCCUCGUGGAUACAAACCAGUUUUCCCGGCACACAGACUUUAUGGAGGGCUGUAGGUGGCUGUGUGCACGCUCACCUCUUCCAAGGACUCUGUCACAGGGCUGUAGCCAGAUAGCAUCAUCACCUCGAUCAGCACCAUGUUGGUGGACACACGGUUCCCAGUGUAGCUGCCGCAAGAGCCCAGGGAUAGAAGAGAGUAACAUCACCCUGUGAGACUGUGAUCCACGGAGCAGACAGAUUCCAGCUUGGCCGUUGGGAGCCAGACAGAGAGAUCUGCUUCUCUCUAUAGGCAUUCUCCUGCCAGCAUCCCUCUCCAUAACUGCAGUGUAAUAAAUACACACACACCAAGAUAUGUGCCCCCAAUUUACUCUCCAUAGCACCUCCCCUACCAAUUGUGUCCAAAGUCACAAGAGAACAAAUUCCCCAGGAGUUCCUGGUAUUUAUUGCUUCCAGUUGGGGCUGGAGA